GCCGGGUAUUUCAUUGACACCAGGUGUGGAUCUGGCCCCGAGCAUCCAGCACGCUACGGUCUGUGUUAUACCAGUGCGAUACACUCCAAUCGGCCUGCGUGGAGGAAAAAAAACCAGAAAUCCCAACCAUCCUCUGCACCAGUAAAUCCUUCCAGGAAGGACUACAACUCCCAAGAAUACCCUGCAAGAGAGCAGCUCUCACAACAGAGCAGGCUGGGCGAAUUAAACACAGCAACAAGGGAGACCAGAGCCCCGUCCUUCCCCCAGCAAAACCUCUGUGGAUUAUGCUCUAAAUCUAGCCUCUAUUUGCUCUCCAAGCAGGGACUAAUUCCCCCCCCCCCCCCCCCCUCAGCUCAGCUGCGUUUCUGUUUGCUGUGCAGCUUCCCCUGGUACUUUACUGAGCUGCACACAAGCUGGUGGCCUGAGGCUGAGUUUGCAGCCAUGAUGAGCUGCAGUGAGAGCAGAGAGCAAGCAGGCAUGAGGAAUGCUAAGAGAACUGAACCCUGUCAGAGCGUGGUCUGGAGCCUUCCUUAUUUUCCAUUUCUCUGCUGAGAAACCCAGUCUGGCCAGAGGAAGGAGAAGCAAGGAAACGCCUGGAGAGGUUUCUGCUCAGUACCCGAAGGAUCCAUGAACAAAAAGAAGCAGCAGCAUACAGAAUACAUUGAACUGCAGGGAACAGCCUCAGAAAGACACGAUGAGAAUGGUUUCUAGGGCUGUGAGAAUGGGACAAGCUGCAGGACCUGGUGAAAUCUGAAACCAAAGAGGAACCUAGGAGAGAAAUCCACUCCUGGUUAAAGAAGACCCAGCACACUUGCUGAUGUUAGACUAUGGAGACUAUGUGAUGUGGGGAGUGAUUCCCAGAGCAGAAUCUUCCUAAUGCAGCCCCCACUAGACAGAAACCCUAUGCAUCUGUACAGCACCUAGCACAAUGGGGCCCUGACCAGGUUAAGGCCCCUAGGUGCCAUUGCAGUAUCAAUGUUUAAUACUAGAAAUACCUUUCCUGUGCCGUAAGCCGGAGGGGAAGGAAGAUGCUCAAAGCCCCGCAGAGCCCUGACCUGGACGACAGGCCGUACAAGUGCACCGAGUGCGAGAAGUGCUUCCGGCAGAAGAAAAUCCUCAAAGCCCACCAGAGCAUCCACACCGGAGAGAAACCGCACACGUGCGCCGAGUGCGGGAAGAGCUUCCGGCAGAAGAACAACCUGCGGAAGCACCAGUGGACCCACACCGGCCAGACUCCCCAUCAGUGCGCCGAGUGCGGGAAGCGCUUCAGCGAGAAGCAGCGCCUGCGGAAGCACCAGAAGACGCACACGGGGGAGACGCCGUACGCCUGCCCCGAGUGCGGCACGCGCUUCAGCCACAAGCACAACCUGAAAACCCACCAGCGGGUGCACACCGGCGAGACGCCCUACAAGUGCCCCGAGUGCCAGAAAGGCUUCAAGCAGCAGAACCACCUCGUCAGCCACCUGCGCACCCACCGGGAGGAGAAGCUCUACAAGUGUACCCAGUGUGACAGGUUCUUCAGGAAGAAGCCCAACCUGCUGAAGCACCAGGCGAGCCACGUGGGGGACAGGCCCUAUCGCUGCAAGGACUGCGGGAAGACCUUCAAGCAGAACAACCACCUGGUGAGUCACCAGAGGACCCAUGCCGCAGGCAGCCUCUACAUAUGCACCGAGUGCGGGAAGAGCUACAGCCAGUGGGCGCACCUCACCACCCACGGGCAGGCCCACGCCGGGGCGGGCCCGCUGACCUGCAGCGAGUGCCGGAGUUUCCUGAUAAUACCCUGUAUGUGGGCCACGAACAGCAACACCAUGUUCCAAGCUGCCCAGGUUCUCUGUGGGGAUGAGAAGCCCUAUAAAUGCAGCGAGUGUGGGAAAGGCUUUGGCCAGGAGAAGAUCCUCCGAGAGCACCGGCGAAUCCACACAGGCGAGAGGCCGCACAAAUGCGCUCACUGCGGGAAAAGCUUCACCUGGAGCACCAGCCUGAUCAAGCACCAGCAGAUCCACACGGGCGGCAAGCUGCACGCCUGCCCCGCGUGCGAGAAGAGCUUCCGGUGGCGGCAUAGCCUCCUGCAGCACCAGGCGGUGCACACCGGCGCCAAGCCGCACACCUGCGCCCAGUGCGGCCGCAGCUUUGUGGAGAAGCAGGCGCUGAAGAAACACGAGAGCAUCCACACGGGGGAGAAGCCCUUCACCUGCAGCGAGUGCGGGAAGAGCUUCCGGCAGAAGGGCAACCUGGUGUCGCACGAGAGGAGCCACCUGAAGGAGAAGCCGCACCGAUGCCCCGAGUGCGGGAAGUGCUUCCGGGAGCAGCGCUUCCUGGCCACCCACCAGCGCACCCACACCCAGGAGCGGCCCUACCAGUGCGCCCAGUGCCAGAAGAGCUUUGGUGCCAAGCAGGGGCUCCGCGUCCACCAGCGCCUGCACACCGGGGAGCGGCCCUUCCCGUGCCCCCUGUGCGGGAGGAGCUUCACCGAGAGGAAGAACCUCAACAAGCACCAGCGGACCCACAGCGGGGAGACGCCCUACACCUGCGGGGAGUGCGGGAACAGCUACACCCAGAAGUACAGCCUGAAGGUACACCAGCGAACCCACAGCGGGGAGACCUCCCACACCUGCGGGGAGUGUGGGGAGCGCUUCAAGCAGAGGAACCACCUGGUGAGCCACCAGCGGGGCCACAAAGCCGGGAGCCUCUACAUAUGCGCCGAAUGUGGAGAGAGCUACAGCCAGUGGGCGCAUCUCACCGCCCAUGAGAGAAUCCACACCAGGCAGAGCCAGCCAGCGCGCACCGAAUACGGGUAACAGAGGCAACGUAUCUCAGAGCAUGCCAAGGAUCCACACGACAGCCCAUAUCCAUACACCAGUUAAAGGCCCCGGCUACGCCGCAGGUAUAGGGCAUUAGCCAGAGCCAUUCUGAAACAGAAUGCUUCCCAGAGAGGCGUCAGGACGUCUGGGCCUUCCCGGUCUCUCUAAGGACCUGAUUCAAUCAAUGGGAAUCUUUCUGUUGACUUCAGUGAACACUGGAUUGGGUCUCAGUUGUGUAGACUGGGUAGAACUUGCCAUAAACCAUUUUACUAGCCAACUAGAUAACAGUGAUAAGCAUCAUGCACAAUUUACGUGGUGUCCUAGACUUGCAGGUACUUGUAAACAUCAAUUAAUUAAAUGAGGCAGAAUCCUAGUCUAGGAAGCCGUGUAGGUCAACCAGUUUGUCACACAGCCCGUAGCGGGUUGGGGAUCCAUUUGGAAGUUGUGUUCCCGCCUUCCUGGAACAAUUUUAUUUCAGAAGAGCUCUGUCUAAAAUGUUGUCCCUCUCGGGCAGGCAGGGCCAAAGAAACUGGUUCAAAACACAGAGAAUGCUUCGCAGAGCCAGUCCUGCUCCCAUUGAAGUCCAUGGAGAAUUUGCAAUCGAGCCCUUUAUGUUUGCUGUCUGCGCACAUGCAUUUGGAGUAGAAAGUGCACACUUUAAAGGAAAGUGAUUCCAUUUCUAAGGCACUUAUCUCACACAAGAAACAUCUGUUUUGACAUUGAUGCUGAUGGUGUAAACAAAGCUAGAGCUGGGGCAGAGAAGACCUUUAAGCUAUAACUUUCCCUGGGUUUAGCUGAGCGGGAAAGGCUGGAUCCCCUGGCAGCAAACAGAACACCAGCAUCUUCAGAAAAGGACAGUUGGUGAAAGAACUUCUGGGGGAUCCUGGCAAGGAUGGACCCAUGACAAGCAUCACUAACCUCCCUACUGGGUAUACUUGAAGUCUUAAAUUUAAAAAGCUAAUGCCCUCAAGGGACAGGCAGUUUGAGACGGGCAACAAACCCAAACGCACAACAUACACCAUACAAAAACCCACCAGCCACAACUAGCAAAGAGAUUCCUCCAAUAACACAAUGUUGUUAAUGUAUGAUUGUCUCCUAGAGAAGAGCCCUGUGAUCCAGAUUCUCGCUCAUCAUGAGUGGAUGCUGGUAUUCCAAUGGGGAAGGAAGCACCCAGUCCCGCCUAUUUCAUGGAGGAGUUUGAAGGGGACUUCCUGAAUUUAGCUACCAAAGAUCACCCUUUGCAUGUAGAGAAAUACCACAUAUAUGCACCACUUGCUGGAGGUGCAGGUCUUGGUGGGACAUUUAUCAAUGACCUUGCUGGACACGAGGGAUGGGACCAAGUUCUGGCAGCCACUGGGCAGCAGAAAGCUUAGCUCGAAGCACAUGCUAAGAUGUUCAUUCUUCCAGAUUUAAGUCCAACCAGAGCAAAUGGAAGCAGAGAGUGCCAUGCUGUGAAGUAGAAGUCAUGUGGGUGAGGACACAAGGGUUUCCAUUCUGUGUCCUGCCAAUGCAUGGGCAAUUCCUAACAAGUCCUUUACCUGUUGGGACGUCGGGUGAUGAAAUUGGGUGCUGGGAAACAUCACACCAGACAAAUGCCCGAGAAAAAGAAGGUUUGAAAGGUGACCCGGGAGAUGAAUGAGCUGUAACUGUGCCAUUUGUAUGACGCACACUCAGGCUGUGAAUGCCGGCUUUCUUAGAAUGUAUUUCUAUAAUUUAUUAUUUGCAUAAUGGCAGCAGAUGCUGAGCAGUUUACGGACAGGUAUAAAGGAAAGGCUUCGCCUCAUUGAUUUUACAGUUUCGAGUUCCUGUCUACUAUAUGGUCCUUAAUGCACAAACAUUAAAAUCAGCACUAAGAGUUGCUGAUGUCCGUUCCUUACCAUUUAAUUGUGUUGAGAUGGAAGCUACUCGACCCAUUGUUCCGUAGAAAGAUGGAGCACAGAAUUCUCUUUAAAUGUGGUAUUGAUUUUCUAAUGUGGUAAGGAGAGUGAUCCUGGCAAUUUAGGUCUGUAACUCAUAGCCCUAGUAAAAACAGUAAAACAUAUAUUACAGAAAAAAAAUCACUGAUCAGCCACAAGGAACAGAACCAUGAGCAAUAAUGAGCUUGGGUUAAUUAUUAUGAGGAAUAUCUUAGGCACAGAGAAUGUGUUUCGUGUUGCACAAGACACAGAUUGGUUGUCUAUAACUAACCCUAAGAGGUGCUGAUGGUCUGUAAGACGAAUAUAGAAAAGAUGAGAUGUAUUCGGAGAUUCUCUGUGAAAAGAAUAAAAUUUCCUGCAUAAACACACCUGGCAUUUUGGCAGAACGGUGAAUUAGUGGGUGAAGUGACUGCAAUAAAUCAGAAAUGUGAAAUAUA